AUGCUUGUGGACUACCAGGGCCUGGUGAAGGAAGGCCCCGGCAGUUUGUGGCCAAAGAGUACUUUGGGAGCGCUGGUCGAUGGUAAGCGCUUAGAUCGGGAAGCCUUGAAGGUGCUACAAGAGCUUUGUGCCAAAGGUGAGGAACGGCUCAAGUCGAUGGAUAUCCAUGAGCUGGCAGAUGCGUCGGCUCAGAAGCUGAAUGCGAAGAAGUGUCACAUGGUCUCCUCUGACGGGAAAAUCAUCUCUGAGUUUUUUGAUCUGAAAAAUCACGAUCGACUCACAGCAGUGGCGCAAAAUGUGAACCCUUUGUUGCAAUUAGUCGGGUUGCAGAACGCACAGGGCGACCUGGUGGACGCAACAUACGCAACUGUACCGAUGGAAUUGCUGGAGCAGAUAGCUUUGGAGGUCGCUUCUGGGCUUGCGCACAUCGCCUGUUGGUUCGGAGGUCCUCAGCAUCUCGCUGGGUCUCCGAGUCUUCCCUGGAGGUUCGGCUCGGUCUUACCACCUCCUGGUCGUUUCAAUGACGAGAUGCGACUGAGGAUUGGGCCCGGCACUCCCGUGGUACAUCUGGGCGCCAUGGUGGUUUUGUCCAUCACAGAUGGUUUGCCAUGUUUUCCUGCCGUGCAAAAGAUCAGAGCAACCAGAGAGCUAACAGUUGAUGACAUCAUCAAGAUCCGAUCUGCCCAUCAAGAUGAAUGCAACAAGAACAAAAUGAAGUUGCUGGAACAGCAUCCAGGGGCAGAUACAGUGCUGGCUAUCAUGAGCUUGGUGAGAUAUACAGCGGAGGAAGUGUUCUUUGAGCUUGGGCACCGUUUGGUGUUCUACGAGAACAGGGCCUUGGAGCGCCGCUUCCAGACCACUUCCUUACCCUUGGUGCCACAGGGCGCGGGGGCGCGUGAUGUGUCUGCACCAGCGGAGGAGCAACUGAAAAGGUCGGAUGACACGCAGCUGGAGACCUUAGAGGAGAGCUAUUGGGAGAAGGCUUCCAAGGAUGGCAAUCGCGAGCCUCACUACAGGAGCCCCCACCCCGGAACCACCUUGGUCUGGGACUAUGGGAAGUUGGAAAUCGACGCGGUGCAGAAACUGCUGAAGGAGUUGCAGGUCUUUCGACAAGAAGUGAUGAAAGCACUUCCUGGCUACUAUGUCUUCUUCGAUGAAGGUGCCCUGCACGCAAUUCCACCCACCAUCAUCAGUCCAGAAGGGGCCUUUUGUGGUGUGCCUCGAUCUCGAACUCCGUUCUGCCCAGAAAAGCGUCGUCAGCCCGAGCUACCUGCCCUGGAAGGAGAAAGUAAGUUGGGCGUCAACUUUUUGACGAGAUGGAAUCAAUCUCCCAAGGCCUCCUGGGAGGACUUUGAGCCGCAGGUUCCGGUCCGGAAACGGCUCACCCAGGAGUGGAAGCCCAGUCUGCCAGAAGAGUGCGUGCAGCGGAGCAACAGCCACGGUGCCGAUGCCCACAGUGGAGGAUGUGCGGAGUGGCGUGGACAGUUCUAUGUGCCCUGGUGGCAGAAGGACUUGCCAGCAACUUUUGGGGGCUUGGGUGUCCGAUCUACUGUUCACAGCCGGCCUUUGGACUUCUUGGAUUUACUUUCCUGUCCGGCUGGUGCCUCGGUGUUCUGUCCUUUGGGUGUGUCCUGUGGUGGUUUGUUGGUUGCCUUUCCUCUGUUGGAUUUGGUUCUCCUUCAUCAUCCCCCCGGCCACCUUCUGCUCCCUUGUCUAGUGCUCGUUUGUUGGCUUCCUACUUGCAUGAGCCUGGAUCGUUCGGCAGGGGACAUUGAGCUCUCUAUUACCUUGGCUGGUGGACUUCGGGUCACAAUCCUUGCCCCUUCUGCUUCUGCCGCUUCGGCUACCCGUCUGUUCAACCACGUCGCUGCUUUCCAGGACGGUCCUGAGCCUUCGGAGUUUGAGCUGGUUUCUUCUCCUCCUGUGUCCCCUCGUCAGUCUACCCCUGCACCCUACUCUGAGACCCGAGAUCAGGUCAGGCGAUCUCUGCUUCCCUGCCCCUCCUCUCUGCUUCGACUUGGUGUGCGCUUGUGUGGGUCUGCCUCGUCUGGUCGUGACCGAGUGGAACGUGCUUGGCUGUGUGGGCAGUGGGCGGGAGCAGUGCAGUCACAGAGAAUCCAUAGCCCUGACAGAACUCCCCCCAUCGAUCUCCGGAGUCGCUUCUACGCUGUCUUGCAGCAGGAUGUAGAGCCCUACAUCAUGGAUUGGCCAGUCAUCGCAGACGAGGUGGCGGCGGUGGUCCUGGACAAUGGAAACCUUCAUGCAACCGGAUCUUCACUUUCGGUCGUUGUAGUCGAUCUUCAAGAGGAGGUGGUUGCUCAGAUGCGUUUGCCAGAGGUUGGGGAGCACUACCCGUUCACCUUCGAUGUGGAUCAGCCUUUUGCCAUCCCUUCACCCCCUCAACUAUUAGCUGCAACUCGGGAGUGGGUCGCGGCAGGGGCAGGGAUCGAGGGCUCGGCAAUGCCCUACUUUUCAGCAGAGGAGGGGGACCUACACACACCAGGAGCAGCAGAGGAGGAGGAAGGCAUGCCUGCAACCCCGCGUGCCCGCAGAAGGCAAAAGCAUCCGCCUGGGCCCGAGAGGCCUACAGGCAACGCAAAGAAACCCACCGUCGCAAGUCUUGCAGCGUCGGUGGAACAACUCUUGGUCAUGAACGAGGGCCUGGUGAAAAGCGUGGAGAGCUUGGCAGGCCGUCAGCAGGUUUUGGAACAGAGGUCAGCUCCAGCGGCACCCCCUCUUCAGCCUCCCCCUCAGCAUCCCCAUCAAGGCAUCCUUCGCCAGCCUAUCUCUGCUUCACUGCAAGGAGCUGCAGCUCCACUGGGGGUCUUGGCACAACAUCUCCCUCCUCCCCCGAGGACCCAGGCACCUACUGCCUCGGGACUGUUGGCAUCACCUCAGUUCCAACCUCCAGAUCUUCUCGAACUGGAGGACGAGAAGCGAGCCCCAGACCCAAGUAUCUCCUCCGACCAUUUGGCAAAGGCCGUGCUGGCCCAGUCUCAGGCACUCACAGCCCUGGUCUCCCAAAUUGCCCAGCAGGGGGGCGACCCAAUACUGGACCUCGGCAACACAGCCUCCUCAGCCAGCACACGGGGGGCUCAGGGCAGGGCAAGGCUUCAAGGGGAACUUGCCUCUCAGAAGGGGGUAUUCUUUCAAGCAGUUUUGGCCUCCAUGGCUCGGAGGAUGCAGCCAACGGCCUCGCCAGAGGGCUCACCACAAGAGCUGUUGGAUCGGGGGGUGUGUGGCACCAGGUACCUCGAGAGGUUCGGGGGCUAUGGAAGGGUUCGGGAGCUGGGUUGUCUUCAACAACAGGUCAUGUCGAUCAUGGACUGUCUCCAGGCAUCGAACUGGCAAGCAGCCAGGGACCAGACGGCUUUGUUGGCGGUGACCAUCGACCAGGCAGCUUUGGAUCAAGGCAGAUUCGAGCUGGCAAAUCUUCUUUGCCUACAAGAGGAACCCCCGGCAACUGUCUUCUCAGCCCGCCCCAUGAACGUGCUCAACAAACCUCGAGCUUUCUCGCAGUUAGCCGAUCAAAAAUGGGUGACAGUUGCCCUGGCUUACAUAAAAGAAUUGGAUGUCAUCACCAACAAACGCUUGGAGCUGACCAGCCAGUCAAAGCACACCAUCUUCGGUGGAGCCUCCAGCGACUCUCCGGGAAACCCCCACCCAAAGCCAAAGCCAGGCCCCAAGAAGAAAGGUCGAGGGGGCGGGAAGGGCGGAGGGAGCAACGUUGCAGCAGAAGGGGAGACGGUUUCCACAGUCUUUCCGCUGCCUCUUCCUGCCUUGGACUUGUUUGAUGGUAGUGGCCCUGGGCUCUCUCGUUGUCGCUUGUGGUCCCUUGCCAAGUCUCGUCUUGUGUACAUUUGGACUUUGGUUUUGGAUUUCAUGUUCCUUGGACGAUGGCCAACCAACGAUGAGCUCAGGAGGUCCCCUUCAGCUGAACAAUGUGCUGUCUUUGACCGGCUGAGGACUAUGUUGACUGUGUGUGGUGAAGCCUGGGAUCAGUUUCCCUUAUGCCCCGGCCGAACCGGCCCUGAGCUUGGUGCUCAGCUGUUUCAUGUUGAAAAGUUUUGCGAAGCGUGCCCUGACCUGUCUGGUGGUUACCUUGCAGCCGACCGCAUGAAGUUUUGUCCUGAUACCUCCCUUGUUUCUGCGUCUGAGUAUCCUGAGCUCCUGCCGUAUCGGUCCCUGGAUCCAUCACGCUUGAAGCUUGUAGGCGAAGGAACUUGGCCAAUGGAGAGGUAUCUUGACAGUGUUUUGUGGCUGCCCUUUGUUGAACCGGCCUUUUUAAUGCAUGGUCUUGACACGCCUGCUGAUGGAAUCCCAAACUUCAAAGCUGAAAAACCUAAGGAUUGCCUGACGCUUGCCAAGGUUUGGGAUGUCCGUGGACUUCUUUUCUUGGCUGAAGAGCCCCUUGUGCCUGGCUACUUUUCUAGGGUUUUCAAUGCCUAUAAGAGCCCUGAGAAGGAUCGGCAGAUCGGCGACAGGCAGAUGCCAUCUUCCACCGCUCGCGAAGUUGUUGGUGACCACUUGAAGGGAGCCCCCAAAGGAAAGAGCAGGCCUCAGCCUGAGGCCUUGUACCCAUGUUUCAACUCCUUGUUUCAGGGUGACCACUUGGGGGUUGAGUUUGCACUUUGCAGCCAUGAGACGCUUCUGAAAAACCAUGGUUUGUUGUGCAGUGACACUAGGAUCCAGGGCCACAUGAACUUUCCUGUCACGACCUGUUGGGAUGCCCUUGUCAUUGACGACUAUUUUUGCCUGAGCGCAGAUCAUGUCCAUGCCCCAGCUGCUGCAACCUUUGCCUUCACAGGGCUCUCCCGCGCCCGAGAUGCGUAUGACCAGGAGCAGCUACUCGGCUCGCCUGAAAAGGAUGUGGUUGCCCAAACUUGCCUCAAGGCGGCUGGUGCUGAGAUCCGUUCCAGUGAAAAGAAUGUCCGGCUUGGAUUUGUGCCGGUUGCUGCACCUCUUGCAAAGCGCCUGGCCUUGUCUGUGCUGUCCUUGCGUGCGUCGGAUCUUCCUGGACUUUCUGCAGGCGUGUGUGCCCGUCUUGCUGGAAACUGGGUCUCUGUCUGGCAGUUUCGGAAGUGUUGGUCGUCUUUGGUUGAUGGACUUUUCCUCUUUGCGUCGAAGUGUGAACAGGACCCUGGUUCCAUCUUUUCCAUGCCAAGGAGCAUCGCGCAAGAGCUCGUCAUGCUGGCCUCUGUGGCGCCACUGGUUGUCAGUAACAUUGCUGUGGAUUACCUUGAGGAGUUUUAUGCUUCGGAUGCCUCAAACCAGAAAGGUGCCAUUGUCAAGGCCCCGAUUGCCAAAAGCUUGCAUGAGGUCCUCUGGCUUGACGCUGACAAGAAGGGGCAUUACUCAGCUUUGGAUCAACCUUUUCGGGCUCUGCUGCGCCAGACUGGCAAUUUUGAUCUUGAUGAGACGCUUGAAUCGGGUCCGGCUUUGGAGUCGCCCUGGAAGGCUCCGCUGUUGUACUUCGAUUUUGUUGAGAUCUGCGGCGGGGCUGGGAAGGUCACUGACGCUUUGUCAAGCAUGGGUUUUGUCUGUGCCCCUACCUUGGAUUUGUCGGAAUCUGAGCACUAUGAUCUCUCUUCCUUGCGUCUUUUGGAGUGGAUCAUUUUUAUGCUGGAGGAGAAUCGGUUCCGCAGCUUCCUGAUUGAGCCGCCCUGCACGAGCUUCAGCCCUGCAGCUCACCCAGCUGUCAGGUCUUAUCGUGAGCCUCUUGGAUUUGACCGGCUCAAUCCAAAGACGCUGCACGGGAACAUCUUGGCCUUUCGUUCCCUCAUUCUCCUGCGUGUCGCCCGUCGGUGUCGUCGCCCCUGUGGACUUGAACAGAGUAGGCUCAGCAAAAUGGCAUGGCUCCAAGCUUGGCUUAGUUUGCUUGAGAUUGGUUUUUCCGAGGCUGUCAUUGCCUCCUGCCAGUUCCAAUCCAUCCACCGGAAGGAGUUCCGUCUGUUGUGCUACUUGCUUGACACAGCUUUCUUGGACUGCAGGUGCCCUGGGGGUCAUGCUCAUGUUCGGAUCCAGGGGUCCUACACAAAGCCCUCUGCUGUGUACACAGACGCCUUGGCUCUGCACUUAGCCCAGGCUUUCCGCCUUGCCCUUCGGAAGCUUGAUGCCGAGAGCCUUCUUGAGCCUGAAGUCGAUGGACAUGAAACCAUCAUGUCAAACGAUUUGAUGCUGACGUCGAAGUGGGAGGUUGUGAGGUCAUGGUUUUGGACGCGUCUUGGCCACAUCAAUGUCCUUGAGAUGUCCUCUGCGGUCUCGAAUUUGGUCUCUGUCGGAAAGAAGCGCUUCUCUGUCAGGUUCUGUAGUCUGGUGGACUCCGCUGUCUGUCGUGGUGCUUUCAGCAAGGGUCGGUCCUCUUCCAGAGCUCUCCAGCCUCUGCUUCGGAAAGCCGGUGCGGUCUGUGUCCCUCUGCGCUCUGCCCAGGGUCGAGCUCUUGUGGCGUUCCCCGACCUCCUCCCUGUCCUGCGUGCUCUGAACCUGAAGGGCCUCAAGAGGUUUGCUGCCAACUGGAUUCGGCUGACUCUUUUCUUAGUCAUGCAGGGUGCCGCCAAUGGUGAGCUGUUCCCGGGGGACCCCUGGUCUUUUAACCGGAGCCGUUUUCUGAUCCUUGCUGCAGCCAUGGUACUCUGCCCAUAUUGUGCUGGUGGGAUGCCUUUGGCCCCUACGACUGCUGCAGAGAGGUGUAGCCCAUUACGCAUGCGGCUGAAUUCUAUUUGUGACGAGGCAAAGAGCCAAACUCUUGUUGGAGGUGAGAGCUGCAGGCCAUGCAAUUCUCCAACGAAUUCUCCAUAUGGCCGUGCUUCUCAGGCAGCAGAUGAGGCGGGUGAUGAUUCGGACCCUUUCUGCAUGGCUGUCACGGUGGACUGA